AGAUUAUAUUGCACUUUUAAUUGAAAAGGAAUGAUUUUUCAGUUCUAGUGUAUUAGAAAACAUCUAAUAUUUGAUAAACAGUACUUAUUAACCUAUGAUGGUUCGAGUAUUUUCAUUGGGGAAGUAUGCAUUCAAACUAUAUCACCAGACCAAAGCGAAACCAAAAUACCAACUCGAAGUAUCCCUGAGAUCCACGAUAACCUUUCACAUUGACGACGACUUUUAUGGUUUUUCCAUCCCCUAUCAAGGGCAAUAAAAACUCUUUAGAGCCAAUGCUAAUAAAAUUCGAGAAUUUAAGAAAUUAAUCGAUGCCAAGAUCGUUUAUCUUGAUAUGAAUUAGUUUUAUCUGCCCCAAUAGGUCUUGGGAGUCGGUGCUUUUUCACAAGUAUAAUUAUGCUAUCAUAAUCAGGUACAAAUGGUUUAAAAUUUGCAGACCAAACAAUUGGUGGCUGCGAAAUUUCUGAACAAGACUAGAGAAGGGAAAUCAAACACAGAAAGAAUGAAUGUAAUAUUGGUUCAUAAUCUGAAUUAUAGGAUAUCAUAAAUGAAAUAUAAAUAUUGUACCGAUUAAAUCACCCAAAUAUUGUGAAAAUUAAAGAAAUAUAUGAUAAAACCAAUUAAAUAGUCAUCAUCCAUGAAUUUGUAGAUGGUUAAACUUUAGAAAGAUUCAUUAAUGAACAUGGAACACAAUUACAUUAAACUGAAAUUUAAUCAAUUAUGAGAGUAAAAUUACUCAAGAUUUCAUUUUAGGAAAUUCUGUUAGCAAUUGUUUAUAUCCAUGAAUAAGGUUUACUCCACAGAGACAUCAAACCAGACAACAUUAUGAUUGACAAAAACCUCAAUAUCAAGAUCAUCGAUUUUGGCUUGGCGACAAAACAAGGAAGUCUGUUAUGCUUUCAAAAAUGCGGAACUCCAGGAUACAUCGCACCCGAAAUUGUCACCUCCAAAAAGUCUCAAUACAACACCAAAAGUGACAUAUUCAGUCUUGGAGUUGUAUUCUAUAAACUGUAAUUCCAUUCAUAUUCCUAUUAGAAUUACGUCCAAAGAACUAUUUUAGUAAUCAUAAUUAGAUAAUUUGUAAUACUGCUAUAAAGAAAACGUACUAUCAAUGGAGCAUUUCAUUGAAUACAAUAUUCCUGACUCAUGUUUUGAUCUAUUAUCUAACAUGCUUUUUUAUGAUAAGAACAAAAGAAUUAGUGCAAAAGAGUGUUUGCAACAUAACUACUUUAAAGAGAGUCUUCGACCUUCUGCCAAGAAAUCUUAAGUCUUACUACAACAAUCUACUUAAUUCGCCUAAUAGCAAUCAACUAUGUUUUAGUCAUAUUUAUCAGAUGGUAGUAGAAAUUAAUCAAGAAAAAUUAGUGAUAAAACUAUAAAUCGAUCGUAUAAAUUUAUUUAACAUCCUAGUUUAUCAUACAAAAAGUCGGUUAAAUCUAAUAGUUCACUAUGAUGAUGAACAUUUUCUAAUGAU